AUGGGAAGAUUCUCGGCAUUGAAUGCACUGAAGAGUUUGUGUGAUAAUGAGUGCACCGAUGGUGUGGUCUCACGAUUGAGACAAUACACGCGACUCAAGAGUUGGUCACCAGAGGAUAGACAGACAAUUCUGGAGGCGUUGUCUGAACUGGUGGUGAGUCGUGAAUGGAGUCCAAGAGUGGUCUCUAUGUUUGGUCCCAUUUUGAGUGAUCUGUUGAUGAGAUGUAAACGCAAACCACAGCUCAGAGGAGAUCUGUUCGUCUCCUUAAGUCAUUUGAUUGGUUACUAUCCGAGUGCCACACACUUCGCCUACCAGUGCUUCCAGACAUCACUGUUCAGUGCGGCCACUCUUGUCAAGUCUUGUGAUGACCACCAGUUUGUGCUCAAUGUCUUCAUCGCAUGCUUUAAUUACCUUCACUUCAAUCCUCUUUGGUUUCGUGACGCCAUUGACUGGAGUUUUAUAUUGCAAUACAUAUCACAUCCCGAGUGUGACAUCAGAUAUAUAGCCAUUCAAUGCCAUCGCAUACUGUUUGCUAUAAAUGACAAUCAAUUUGAAUGUCUCUUCAAACCGGAGUUCAGUGAAGAAGAUUUGACUCGACUUCGAGUGAAAUAUUUAUAUCUAUUCUCUUCUCGCAAUCCAACCGUUAAUCUGAAAAAUAGUUUAUAUUAUCAAAGAUGUGAUGAAGUGUUGAGUGAUUCACAGCUUUGUUUCAAAGACGACGACUUCUGCGAAGACAUUGUUUCAGUUGAAGGCGUUUUGAUCAAUAAAUUUGCGAUUAAUAGUGAAUGGACUCAAAGAAGUAGUUUCAGUGAUGAGAACCGAAUUGUUUUGCUGCCGACCACUCAGUCUAACCUCCGGUGUCUGGCAUUAGGUGUUGCUUAUGGCAAACCAGUGCUCAUUGAGGGGCCCAUCGGUUGUGGCAAAACAUUGCUCGUCGAGUAUAUCGCAUCCCUUUCCGGUCGGCAUAAAGCGCCGCAACUAAUGAAAGUGCAAAUGGGAGACCAAAUUGACGCCAAAGUGCUCAUUGGUUCCCAUAUAUGCACUGAUAUUCCCGGGGAAUUCCUAUGGAAGGCCGGACCGCUUACUGAAGCCAUGAAACACGGCUUUUGGUUAUUGCUCGAAGACAUAGACUGCGCGCCGUCUGACGUGAUAUCGAUGUUAAUGUCGGUAUUGGAGUCCAAUUCUUUGGCAUCCCUUCCCGGCUGUGAAAACCAGUUGAAUAGAGUUCACAACGAAUUUCGUAUAUUUUUCACUCGACGUCUCAUUGGCUCUCAAAACAACGAAUCGGCGACAAAAGCGUUUCUCGACUCAAACGACUGUUUCCUUCAAUCGAUUUCCGAUCCCAAACUUCGUGUAUCCAAAGCAGAAGUGAUCGGUUCUCAUCUGAAUAUAACUCAAAGUCAAAGUGAAUUCUUGUGUUGCAAACGAAAACCAGAGCUAAUAGUGAAUGAAAAUCUCUUCAGAAUCGGAAGAUUUUCUGUUGGACUCAAAGAAAGACAAAUCAAUUUACAAGAAGAGCACAAAUUUAUGCAUUCGUUUGCUUUGACACAUCAGUCUCUUUCCCUUUUGGAGCGAAUUUCUGUUGCCAUCGAUAAUAAGGAACCCGUUUUGCUGUGUGGAGAGACCGGCACCGGAAAGACAUCUUGUGUUCAAUAUUUGGCUAAAAGAUUGCAUAAAUCUCUGACAGUUAUCAAUAUGAACCAACAAAGCGAUAGUUCAGACCUUUUGGGUGGAUAUAAACCGAUUGAAAUCAAUGUAAUGAUUGGUCCCAUAAAAGAGGAAUAUUUGGAUUUGUUUUCAUUGACCUUUGAAAGUGACAAAAAUGUGUCGUUUUUGACAAAAUUCGCUCAAAUAUUCAAGUCUGAAGAGUGGGCAACACUUUUCAAAGUAAUGCUUCGCGUCUAUGAAAGUGCUUUAACCAAAUGCAAAGACAAUCAUCUGUUAGAGCGCUGGAAAGCAUUGGGAGAGCGAAUCAAUCGAUUGCAGUCCUUUCAACUCAACCAAAAGGGAUGUCUGGCCUUUAGUUUCAUCGAAGGAAGUCUUGUGAAAGCCAUGAGAAGCGGUGGUUGGAUAUUAUUGGAUGAAAUAAAUUUGGCAGAAUCGGAGACUUUGCAGUGUUUGUCAGCUAUUCUCGACUCAGACGAGGCAUCGCUUGCACUUCUGGACAAAGCGGACGGUAUUCCCGUCGAACGAAACCCUGAGUUCCGUCUGUUUGGUUGUAUGAAUCCGGCUACAGAUGUCGGCAAAAAGGAGUUACCGCUUGGAAUCAGGAACCGGUUCACUGAGUUGUUUGUGGACCAACUCGAGGACAAGUCUGACCUAAGGAUUCUGAUUCACUCAUAUAUUGGGAAAUAUGUUUCUCCGGGUGUUAUCGAAGCGAUUGUUGACUUUUAUUUGCAAAUUAAAUGUAAUUCAAAGACAGUGUUGACGGACGCCAAUGGAUUACGACCGCACUAUAGUCUCAGUAAAGACUCGGUUAAGGUAUUGAACGCCAAAAUCCAAUCUCCAAAAUUCCCUGAAAAAUAUGAAUCCAUUGAAGACUAUUAUAUUCUGAGGGGAUCUAAAGAACCGAAAGUAAACGAGUCCUAUAUUCUAACGGAUACUGUGAAGAAAAAUCUGAAAGAUAUUUGUAGAAUAGUGUCGAUUGGGAAGACAUUUCCCAUUCUAUUAGAAGGCGAGACAUCAGUGGGAAAGACCAGUUUGAUUGAAUGGUUAGCCGCCGCCACCGGCAAUGUCUGCGUUCGAGUCAAUAAUCACGAGCAUACAGACCUUCAGGAAUAUGUGGGCAGUUAUUGUGUCGAUACAGACGGCAAACUCAUCUUCAGAGAAGGAGUAUUGGCCGAAGCCAUGAGGAAUGGCUAUUGGAUUAUAUUAGAUGAGCUUAACUUAGCGCCCACUGAUGUGUUGGAAGCACUGAAUCGAGUUCUUGAUGACAAUAGAGAACUGUUUAUACCUGAAACCCAACAACUCAUAAAAGCAAACCCAAAGUUUCUACUGUUGGCCACUCAGAACCCGGCCGGUCAUUACGGCGGCCGUAAAAUGCUUUCCCGAGCUUUUCGUAAUCGUUUCGUUGAACUCCACUUCAAUGAGAUACCCAACGAAGAACUUGAGAUUAUUCUCCAUCAGAGAUGCGCUCUUCCCUUGUCUUACGCCAAACGAAUGGUUGGAGUUCUUCACGAUUUGCAGAUUAGACGUCGAGAGAGUGGAGUGUUUGCUGGAAAGCAUGGAUUCAUAACUUUAAGAGAUCUGUUUCGUUGGGGAGAGAGAUAUAAGAAGUUUGCGAAACAACAGAACAAAGACAUCCAGUUCUAUGACUGGGACUUACAUCUGGCGAAUGACGGCUAUAUGUUACUGGCCGGUCGUGUCCGCAGACCUGAAGAGGUCACUCUUAUUCAAUCGGUUCUUGAGACCAGAUUUAAGCGCACACUCGACACAAAUGUUUUAUUUAGUAAAACUUCUUUUCUAAACGACGCUAUCAUUCCGACUGAGUUUAAACACAUUGUUUGGAAUAAAUCUUUCAAACGUUUGGGAACUCUAUUAUCCGAAGCCAUUAAAUAUAAUGAACCCGUUUUAUUGGUCGGAGAGACGGGGUGUGGAAAGACAUCAAUUUGUCAGUUAUUUGCCGCUCUUAACAAUAAAUCACUGUUUUCUGUGAAUUGUCAUAUGAAUACCGAAAGCGCAGACUUCUUAGGAAGUCUACGACCUGUGCGUAACUUUGAAGACGAAACUGAUAGUCAGACCACUCGUCCCCUAUUUGAAUGGGUCGACGGCCCACUUGUUGACGCUAUGAAAAGCGGUGAUUACUUUAUGGUCGACGAGAUAUCAUUAGCCGACGACUCAGUUCUGGAGCGUUUGAAUUCAGUGUUAGAACCGGAAAAAACUCUUCUGUUGGCGGAGAAUAACAACACAUUCGAGAGUGAAAUCUCGAUACCAGUGAUCAAAGCCAAGGAAUCGUUUCGAUAUAUGGCGACAAUGAAUCCGGGAGGCGAUUACGGCAAGAAAGAACUGUCACCCGCUCUCAGGAAUCGCUUCACUGAGAUCUGGUGUCCACCCUAUGAAGACAUCGAAGAUAUCAGAGAUAUUAUUCGCCAUAAUUUGGAUAACCAGUGGAGUGAUUGCAAAGACAUUGUGUGCCAAUCGAUGUGUGAUUUUCUUUUGUGGUUCAAUACAAAUGUGAAAAAUUCAAAACGAAUUGUUUUAAGUAUAAGAGAUAUAUUGAGUUGGAUUCACUUCAUUAACUCAAGCACUCAAUCAAAUAAUGCGAUUACAAUGUCUAUAAGCAAUGCAUUCAUUAACGGAGCUCUUCUUGUGUUUGUCGAUGCGAUUGGAAGCGCUGGAUCUGCAUUCAACUCAAGCGCCAAGAAUUCAAUUGCAAUCCGUAGUGAAUGCCAACAAUAUCUGAAUCAACUUUCACAGCCAUUGUCUGCCAUCGACGCCGAGACUAAUAUGCAAAUGGAUGUUGUGUUGGAUGAGUCCAAACAUUUCUCAAUCAAACCAUUUUGCAUCUCAAAAGGUCCAGACGUUGAUGAAAGUAUCAACAGUUACUACAUGUGGAACAGUCCCACCGUUCAAACCAAUGCAUUACGUGUUGUGAGAGCAAUGCAAUUACCAAAACCUAUACUUCUGGAAGGGAUGCCCGGAGUGGGAAAGACUACUCUAAUCCAAGCGUUGGCCAAAGCUUCGGGUCAUCGUCUCAUUCGAAUCAAUUUGUCGGAACAGACGGACAUCAGUGAUCUCUUUGGGGCUGAUUUGCCGUUAGAGGGCGAGGACUCUGUCGGCAAAUUUGCCUUCAGAGACGGUCCUCUACUACAGGCCCUUAAGAGUGAGUGGACGUGGAUUCUGUUCGAUGAACUCAAUUUAGCCCAACAGUCGGUCCUCGAAGGACUCAACGCAUGUCUGGACCACAGAAGUGAAAUUUUUGUCUCCGAAUUGAAUAAAAGUUUUAAAAUCAGUAAAACAAUGACCAGAAUAUUUGCCACACAAAACCCCUACUCAGAAGGCGGCGCCCGUAAAGGUCUGCCUAAAUCGCUGCUCAAUCGGUUCACCAGUGUUUAUAUGCAAAACCUCUCCAACGAUGACUAUAUCUUCAUUCUCUCUCAUCUGUUCCCUAAAGUACAGCAAUCAGUGAUUAAAACGAUGGUUGACUUUAAUAACGAAGUGAUCGAUGAAAUAGUGAUCGCAAACAAAUUCGGCCAAAGAGGCAGUCCCUGGGAAUUCAAUCUCAGAGAACUGAUCCGUUGGUCGCAACUCAUGACACAUAAUGUGAUGGAAUUAAAUGAUGUGAAACCUGAGAAUUUCGUGAAGUUUUUAUAUAUCGAUAAAAUGAGAACAACUGAAGACCGACACAAAAUGAAAGACAUUUGUGACAAAUACUUCCCCAACACUUUGAAAUCGGAUACCAUUGAAGUUGUGAUUACAGAUAAUUACCUACAAAUCGGUCACUCGUUUCUGAAGCGUCGCCGUACUUUAGGCAAUGAAAUGACAAAUUAUAUGAUUUUUGAAUCACAGAAGGAAUGUCUGCAGUCUCUCAUGAAAUGUAUUGAAAUGAAUUGGAUGUCAAUACUGAUCGGAGAGUCAGGUGUCGGCAAAACGAGUGUCGUUAAGCUUUUGUCGGACCUAACCGGACAUAAACUGCGAAUUUUUUCUGUUAAUUCAGAAAUGGAUACAAUGGAUCUGUUGGGAGGUUUUGAACAAAAAGAUUUAUCGCAUCACUUGACACAUAUUGAAGAGUCUGUGUUUGACUUAUGUUUGACAUCGUUUGGCAAAUCUGUAGAUCAUAAAGAAAAUAUAUCACAAAUAUUGAAAUUAUGGUUUGAAAUCCAAACAUUGAAUUCAGACAAUGACUCCGUAAACCCCAACGUCUUAUUAGAAAAACUUAAAAUUUUGGACCAAAUUAUCAACAAAUUAGAAGAAUGUAACGAAUCGGUGUCCAAUAUUACAUCUGAUUUAAAACAGCAAAUAAUUUCACUGAAAAGCAAUUACGAGACCAAAGUGUUAGUGAGCGGUGCCUUUGAAUGGCGGGACUCUAUUCUGAUCCGAGCCCUCAUGGCUGGGGAAUGGCUUUUGAUAGACAACGCAAACCUGUGCAGCGCUUCAGUCUUGGAUCGACUGAACGGUUUACUUGAGCCCAACGGAGAGCUCACUAUCAAUGAAAAGGGAUCCAUCGACGGGCAGAUGACUACAAUCAAACCACAUCCACACUUCCGACUCAUUCUUGCCAUGAAUCCAAUGAAUGGUGAGCUCUCGCGUGCGAUGAGGAACAGAGGUAUUGAGAUCUAUAUGUUUCCGAUUAACGCCAAACAAGACUUUGUUAAACAAGUGAAUGGUUUAUGUUGGCAAAACAUGAGAGAAGAACAAGAGUUGAAGCGAUCAGAAGAAGAGGCGCUCUUUGAGUACAGAAUGAAAACCGAGUGCUCGGAUGUGACCGAAGAGGAGAGGGAGAGACUAGAAAUGGAGGCUAUAUUUCCCACAUAUAAUGAACAAUACUUUGAUGUGAGCGACGAGUUUGAAGGCAAUGAAAUCACUUUAAGAGAGUCCAAAAUAGAAGAUGAGAUGAUUUCCGAUAUAAUAAGAAGUCAUUUAAAAAUUGUUGAAUUAAGCGACAAAAGUGACAAAUCUGUUCAUAACUUCAGAAAGGCAUACCUUUUGCGGCAUUCAGUGAUCUCUCAAAUAACCAAACGUUUGGGUAUUUUCUUCGACUACUCUAUUGACAGCCAACUAAUUGACGGACAUAUGAUUGCAUGCAAUGAACUGAUCGCUGAUAUUAAAGACAGUUCUUACGAUUCAUUCAAUAUAUACCACAAUUCAUCGCUUUAUGAAACGAGUCUUUGUUUUAAGAUUCUGGAGUCAAUGGAAAAGAAAAUUAUUACAGAAUUAUUGCCACAAUUCGAAAGCCAUCCGAUUCUUAUAAAAUUGCUUAAAAUAAUUCAGAAAAUAUUUGACUUGAGAUCAAACGAACCGCUCAUUAACUUCGCCACUGGUUUGGAAGUACUGCUUCAGGCGGCGCAGGACUGGCAGUUAAUGGCACACAAAGGCAUCAGUUUAUCCGAUAAUCUCAACGAAAUGACACAAUUGCUGAUUAGUUGGAGGAAAUUGGAGCUCAAGUAUUGGUCCGAAUGUCUCGAUUCAGUGAAUAAGGAUAUCGAAGACAAACAAAUGAAUUUAUUUUGUGAUGAAAGCAAUGAUAAAAACAUGGGAACGGAGUUAAAGGAUGUACAAGACGGAGGCCUUGGAGAGGGGGAGGGGACUAAAGAUGUGAGCGAUAAGAUCGAGAGUGAGGAUCAACUCGAAGACGCACUCAAAAGUGGCGCCAAAGAAGAGGGAAAGGGAGACGAAAAUGAAGAAAAAGAUAUUGAAGAAGAAGACAAUGGAAUUGAAAUGGAAAAUGAUUUCGACGGACAGAUGUAUAGUCCGUCCAAAGGAGACAAUGAAGAAGAAGAAGACGAUAGAAAAUCAGAUGAAGACGAGAGCGACAAUAAUCUUGAGGACCAAAUGGGAGACGUGGACAACAAUUCAGAAGUAUUGGACGAAAAGAUCUGGGGUUCGGAUGAAGAGAAUUCAGACUCAGAUGAAGCAGACGGUGACGACGAGACAGGAUUUGGUGGAAAGGAUACGAUUGAUAACAAAGUUGUGGCCAAAGAUGAGAACAAAGAUCUGCCAAAAGAUAAAGAGUUGGAUGAGAAAGAAGAAGAAGAGGAUAAUAAUGAAAAUGAAUUAGAAAUCAAUGAAAAUGAGAACGAAUUACAAAGUGAUGAAUACAAAGACGAAACAAUAGAUCCGUACAAAGACAUAGAACCAAAGACUGAUAAAUCACAACAAGAAUUGCCCGAAAAUAUGGAAUUGGAUGACAACGAAGAUAACGACCAAAACGAGGAGUCGGGCGAACAAAAGGACGACAUCUCUGUUUCGGGUCAGAGUUCAGGCGAUUCCGAAACUGAUGAACAGAAUUUGGAUGAUAUGAAUGCCAGUGAAGAAGAGUUUGAUGAUAACACCGCUAAUGAAAAUGAGAGCAAAAUUGAAGACUUGGAGAACAAAGUAGACGAAAAUGAAACCAAAGAUGAAGUGAAUGAAGACAUCGUUUCCGAAGAGAAGGAAUCAAAACCUAAUCCUAAAGAAGCGAUGGAUUCGACGAACGAUCAGACAUUCAGUGCAGAGAAUUACGACAAGUCAUCUGAAAAUGAAAAUAAUGCCAAAAACUCAUCGGAUGUUUGUGUGGAAGAAAAUGCCGAACAGAAGACUGAGGAGAGUGUCGCACAAAAUGAAGAACAGCACGGAUUUAACGACUCAUUAGUCGGCGAUAACUCGACUCAAUCGGAGUCCAAACAACUGCAAAGUUCUGCCGCUUUAGACGACUCGGACGGCAAAGAAGAAAAAUUGCAGCAAAACUACAAAAGAGAGAAAACUCGCCGCACUUUGGCUGACAAUUACGAUAAGAGCGCUAAACGACAGAAAGUAAUGCCAAAUGAAAGUGAAGACAAUUCUAAUACGGAUCCGAAGAAUAAGAAUGAAUCCGAGAACCAAAUGAUUGAUUCUGAACUCUAUCGACACGUCGACAACAAAUUGAAUGCUAAUAACAAAGUCAUAGACAUCGCCAGUAAUGAAGAGAAAGAGAUUCAACGCGAAGACAUUGAAUCCGAAUCUAAAGAUGACAUCGAUUUGAAUAAACCGGAAGAGAUGGACAUCGAAGAGAACAACGAAUUGAUUGAUACCUUAAAAGCUAUUGAUGUGAAGUCAGAGAAGAAUAAACUGAAAUCAAGUAAUAAAAGCGAUGCAAACAAAGAAGAAUUGAAUGAAGAAGUGAUGGAAAUGGACGGAGAGAUUGUGCCCACACUUACUGUUCAAAGAGGAAGUGAAUCCACUUUUCACACAUCAAUAGAUUUCAAUGAUAUCCAAGAAUUGAGUGAAACGACACUAAUUGAGAAGCGUUUCGACGAUUUAUCGGUUAAAACACUUCAGAAUUUGGACACCAAUUCAGUGAUAGACGUCUGGAAGGAAUGUGAGGCCAAAGUGUCUCCACUGGUGUAUGAGUUGUGCGAACGCUUGCAACUGGUGUUAGAGCCCACAAAAAUGGCUAAAUUAAGGGGCGAUUACAGGACUGGGAAGCGCCUGAAUAUGCGGAAAGUGAUCGCAUAUAUCGCCAGUGACUUCAGAAAAGACAAGAUAUGGUUGAGACGAACGAAAGCCAGUAAAAGACAGUAUCAGAUCAUUAUAGCAGUGGACGACUCGUCGAGUAUGUCUGACAACAAAUCUAAACAAUUGGCGUUCGAGUCGUUGGCUCUUUUGGGCAAAUCGUUGACUCUAUUAGAGGCGGGAGAGCUCGCCAUCAUGUCCUUUGGACAGACGGUCCGACUUUUACAUGGCUUUAAUGAUGCGUUCAAUGAGAAUACCGGAGCCAACCUUUUGACACAAUUAACUUUCGAGCAAAAGGAGACUCGAAUCGCAGACCUCUUGGAGUCGACCAUUCAAUUGCUGUCAACUUCAAGACGCCGUCAGAGUUCCCAAAAGGAAGACAUCUCUCAACUGCUUAUAAUAGUAUCCGACGGAAGAGGGAUUUACAGUGAAGGCGAACAAAGGGUCCGACAAUUGAUCAGAAAAAUGAAAGAAUUGGGGAUUUUUGUGGUGUUUGUGGUGAUCGACAACCCUUUGAACAAAGACUCAAUACUCGACAUACGAGUGCCAAUCUUCAGCAGCUCUGGUAGUGUUCAGAUCGAGUCAUAUAUGGAACGCUUUCCCUUCCAGUUCUAUAUCCUGUUGCGUGACAUCAAUGGACUGCCGGUUGUGAUGGGAGAAGCGCUUCGGCAGUGGUUUGAAUUGAUUACAAGCGGACAGUCGUGA